AUGGCGGAAGAGUCCCACUCCACCCCGAGGGAGGAGCACGCCAUCCCACCGGAGGAUGACACCAACCAACAUUCUGCGACCUCUGCAUCUUCUUUGUCCUCUCCACUGCCAUCAUCAGAGUCAUUUUGGUCGCCGUCCGAUUUUCUCUUCAACCAGACGGCGUCCGACCUUGUGCCCUGCACGGACUGGCUAGAGUCUUCUGCAUUAGAUUGGUUACAGUCUGAGACAGUCCCCGAUUCCACCCAAUUGAAUUCGUCGACCGCCUCAUCAGAGCGAGAGCAGCCAGGUGAAGCGAACCGGUUUAACUUUGACUCGAGCACCGUUCAUAGCUUGUGUAUGGAUUUUCCAGACCUACACUAUAGGAAUGACGACCACCCGACUGAAUUGCAGCUGUUGAUACCACUGAAGAAAGAGGAAGGGGAAUGCCACUGUUUAUCGACUUUGAGUGGUCUUGUAUCCCGCCAAAUUACCGCACGAGAUGUGAUGCGAUAUGAUGCCUCGCUAGUCUUGAUCCGCGACGCCGCGCGAAGCAUUAGCCUAGUCAUCACUACGCUGCAACUCAUGACUGGCACCGUAGACCGCUUGAUUCAACAUCUGAAACGACGCUCAAGCUCAGAAACGAGCAACGAGACUGAUUUCAGCACUGCUCCUGUUCCUUUUUCUGGAGAGGAUAGCACGACCUCUAAGAUAGGGGCAGGGGGUGGACCCAUCCAAGUCCAAUUUGGGGCAUACCACACCUCCAGGGAGGAUUGCCAAGAACAGAUUCAGGUGCUGUCAAUGCUAGUCCGGUCAGGGGUCAGGAGGAUGCUCGAGGUGCAAAGCCUUCGGGAAAGAUAUAUUCUACCCCACAAUGUGGCAGAAAUUGAGCGAAUGCAGAAUCAACACGAAUGGGUCAAGGGAUGUGCGGACGGUCUGAUCAAAGCUCCACUGGAUAUGACCAGGAAUGAUCUUCGGGUUUUAGAUGCCGCUACUGCUGAUGGAACGGAAUUUGUGGGGUUUGAUAUCGCACCUAAUCUAUUUCCGCCAACUGAAAUCCUCGGCCCAAACGUGACCCUCUCGGUCCAGAACUUAAUCAAGCCCUUCCCCCCAGCUUGGAAGAACGCCUUCGACCUUGUCCAUGAACGAUUCGUGAUCUCUCUCUUCAAGGAAGAUGAAAUCACCCAAGUUCUACACAACUUACUCUCAUGCGUCAAGCCGGGAGGUUGGAUCCAAUUUGUCGAGCCCGACUUCGGGACCUGUGUCUCCCAACCCAAAGACAAAACCACUUCUUUUCAAAUGAUACAUCGGCUCACUGGUCACGUCAUGGCGGAUAACAUGGCUUCGACGAAGCUGGCUGGUCGGCUUGAAGAUGCCGGUUGGGUCAAUGUUGAUAUCUCAGUCAGAGACAUGGUGGCUGGGAAUUCGCAUCUAAACCCUGCCCUUGGAGAGAGAGGGCGGCAAAAUAUGCUUGCCAUUCUGAAUUAUUUUCAAUCUGUCACGAGUCCCGAAACCUUUGGCCUCUCUCAAGAGGAAUGGCUGACUUUGCCGGAACGGUUUUCAAAAGAUAUGGAUCAACACGAAACUGCAAUUCGCCACUACAUUGUAUGGGCACAGAAGCCGAUUGCGUGA